CCCAACAUGCCCAGUGAUCUUUAUGCCGUAGCAGAUUUCUGUCUCAUCCCAAUGGGAACAGGAGAAUCUUCCGUUGCAGAAUAUAUCGCAGAGUGUCAGAGAGUUUUGGAACAAUCAGGGCUGACGUUCAAGGUGAGCAUGGGAGACGGGUACGGCACUAAUCUUGAGGGGCCUUGGAGCGAAGUGUCUCAAGCCAUACAUGAUUGCCAUACUGCAGUUCACGCCAAAGGUGCCCCUCGAGUUGCCACAGACAUCCGUAUCGGUACACGCAUAGAUCGAGAUACCCCCGUGGGUGAUGGCAAUGAUCACAAGGUGAAACGCGUAGAAGAGAUCCUAGCGAGAGAGAGAGCUGUUGCAUCUUGAGUCUUUGUUGCUUGAAUAGUAUAUGGUUUUUCUGCUUUCAUGUUUUCGACGACAAUUUCAUAUUUGACGCCAAACAUCUCACAUGACCCAAUGACAGUACGGGUGUCACAGGAAUGUCACGCCCUCUUGUCGUAUAA